CCUCCCUGACCCUGUGAGACUGUCCACUCAGUCGGCUCUGAAGCUGCCCAGUGACCAGGAGUGGGGAGCAGGUCCGGGCUGACGUCGCCGCCCAGAUGGCCUUCAGGCUGACCCCGCUGACCCUCCUGCUGCUGCUGCUGCUGCUGCUGCUGGCUGGGGAUAGAGCCUCCUCAACCCUGAAUGAUGUCAGCCACGUGGAUCCAGGGAGCUCGGAAGGAGGGAAAAAUGAAGGCGAUAUCGCAAAGGGAGAUAUUUCCAAGAUUGUACCCAUUCAACCCACCAACAGCUCUUCCAUCUUCCCAACCAACCUGACCACCGUAGUAACAACCAGUGCCACCCAGCCCGUCAACCAGUCCACCACUCAACCCAUCGAACCAACUACCCUGCCCACCACCAAGCCCUUCUUGACCACUACCGAGCCCUUCUUGCCCACUACCAAGCCCUUCUGCCCAGUGCCUUCCACCUCCUGCCCCGAGGAGAGUCAUUCAGCAGAGGCCGUGCUGGGGGAGGCUUUGACCGAUUUCUCCGUGAGGCUCUACCAUGCUUUUUCGGCAAUAAAGAAGGCGGGGACCAACAUGGUCUUCUCCCCAUUCAGCAUCGCCAGCCUCCUCACCCACGUCCUGCUCGGGGCUGGGGAAGAAACCAAGGGAAAUCUGGAGAACCUCCUCUCUUACCCCAAAGACUUCACCUGUGUCCACCAGGCCCUGAAGGCCUUCAGGUCCGAAGGCUUCACCUCAGUCUCUCAGAUCUUCCACAGCCCAGACCUGGCCAUAAGGGACACCUUCCUGAAUGCCUCUCAGAGCCUGUAUGGGAGCAGCCCCAGAACCCUGGAAAAUGACAGUAAUGUCAACUUGGAGCUCAUCAAUGCCUGGGUGGCUGAGAAGACCAACCACAGAAUCAAUCAGCUGCUGAACAGCCUGCCGUCUGAAACCCGCCUUGUCCUCCUCAAUGCCAUCUACCUGAGUGCCAAGUGGAAGGUAAUGUUUAAUCACAAAAAAACAAGUUUGGAGGCCUUUUACAGCAAAUCCUCUGAGAUAAAAGUGCACAUGCUGAAUAGCAAGAAGUACCCUGUGGCCCAUUUCACAGACCCGACUUUGAAGGCCAAGGUGGGCCGACUGCAGCUGUCUCACAACCUGAGCUUGGUGAUCCUGGUGCCCCAGACCUUGAAACACCGUCUCGAAGACAUGGAGAAGGCCCUCAGUGCCCCUGUCUUCAAGGCUGUCAUGAAUAAGCUGGAGUCGACCAAGUUCUAUCCCACUCACUUCAUGAUGCCUCGCAUCAAAAUAAAGGGCAACCAGGACAUGCUGCCAAUCAUGGAGAAAUUGGAAUUCUUUGACUUUACCUACGACCUCAACCUGUGUGGGCUGACAGAGGACGCAGAUCUGCAGGUUUCUACGAUGCAGCACCAGGCCAUGCUAGAGCUGAUGGAGACGGGGGUGGAGGCGGCAGCAGCCUCGGCCUUCUCUGUGGCCCGCAGUUUGCUGGUCUUUGAAGUGCAGCAGCCCUUCCUUUUCGUGCUCUGGGACCAGCAUCACAAGUUCCCUGUCUUCAUGGGGCGGGUGUAUGACCCCAGGUCCUGAGACCUGCGGGGGGCCAACUAGGGCAAGUCCUUCCCCUCUGGCUUCAGCUCUCUUGGUUGCAGCUCUGGAUUUGCCCCCAGCCACCUCCCACCUCAGUUCUGCCCUUCACCUGAAAGGCUCCCCAGGGGUCUGGUGAGGGGACCUGCUUCUACCAUCCCUUCCCUGUGACUCUCUAAAGCACUUUUUGCAGCUUCCUCUGGUACAAAUACAGCAGACUCUACAAAUAAAACCUGGCAGACCAUGA